GGGUCUUGCUCCAACUGCAUCGUCCAUUCCACAGCAAGAUUCCCAUCUUUGCUCGUUAGCCUAAACAUCUCAUCCUCCAUAGCAUCAACACACUCUCCUUUCAUCGUCAGUGGCAAGAGAGUGUGGAUCACAGGAUCAUAUUUCACCAAAGCCACAAAAUUUAUCCACCUCCUCACUCACAAACAACAAAAACACAUCAUCUGCUAUAACUUGAGAGCUUAUUUCGUUUGGGAAGACAGAGUUGGAACUCUUGAUUCGAGGGGAUAAGAGUUAGGAAAGAGAACUUGUGGGGCUUUUUCUAAUUAUAAUGUUAUACGAGGGUUUAAUACAGAAAAGUGAAAAAACGUGGGAAGCAUAAUUCAACUUGAUGACAAAUUAUUUUAAUUUACUUUACGGUCCUUGUGGUUGUGGUAUUCAUCAGAUUCGAUCGUCUUCCUCCUCUCCUCAUAUCGCUUCUCUUCUUCUUCCACAAGUUGUUGCUUUGCAUACACACUCCUCAAAUCACCACAAAUCUCUUCUCCACCGCCACCACCGGCACCACACAAUGCUACUCCAUUUCUCUCCCACGAAGCCCCUCUUCUCUCCCCCCAAUCUCCGCCGGAACCCACCCGCUAUCGCCAUUUCUCCGCCGAGAUCCCUCCGCAUCCGCGCCAUCGACGCCGCCCAGAUCUUCGACUACGAGACCCAGCUCAAAUCCGAGUACCGCAAAUCCUCCGCCCUCAAAAUCGCCGUCCUAGGCUUCGGCAACUUCGGCCAGUUCCUCUCCAAAACCCUAGUCCGCCACGGCCACAACCUAAUCACCCACUCCCGCUCCGAUUACUCCUCCGCCGCCUCCUCAAUCGGCGCCCGCUUCUUCCACAACCCCCACGACCUCUGCGAGCAGCACCCCGACGUCGUCCUCCUCUGCACCUCCAUCCUCUCCACCGAAUCCGUCCUCCGAUCGUUCCCCUUCCAGCGCCUCCGCCGCAGCACGCUCUUCGUCGACGUCCUCUCCGUCAAAGAGUUCCCCAAGACCCUCUUCCUCAAGUACCUCCCCAAGGAGUUCGACAUCCUCUGCACUCACCCGAUGUUCGGACCGGAGAGCGGCAAGCACUCCUGGUCCGGCCUCCCUUUCGUCUACGACAAGGUGAGGAUCGGAGGGGAGGAUUCUCGGCACGAGAGGUGCGACAAGUUUCUCAAGGUGUUCGAGAGCGAAGGCUGUAGGAUGGUGGAGAUGAGCUGCGAGGAGCACGACAAGCACGCGGCUGGGUCCCAGUUCGUGACGCAUACCAUGGGGAGGGUGUUGGAGAAGUUUGGAGUCGAGUCUUCUCCCAUUAAUACCAAAGGUUACGAGACGUUGCUUGAUUUGGUGGAGAACACGUCCAGUGAUAGCUUUGAGCUUUACUAUGGUUUGUUUAUGUAUAACCAGAACGCGCUUGAGCAGUUGGAGAGGUUGGAUAUGGCGUUUGAGUCUAUUAAGAAGGAGUUGUUUGGGAGGUUGCAUCAGGUUUAUAGGAAGCAGAUGUUUGGUGGUGGGGAGGGGAAGAAAACAGAGCAGAAGUUGCUUAACGACGGUGUUGUUCGCGUGAAAGAGGAGUCAUCAUCAUCAUCAUCUUCUUAAACUCCAAUGUUGUUUGUGUUUGUUUCUGAAUAAAAAGAAAGCUAUAUCGUUUUUGGAAAGAAUCGUGUGUUUGUGUUCAUCUUGGUCAUGAAAAGUUGGUAAUCAUUUGCUCUGUGUAAUUAUCAGACUAAUGUAGCACAUUUUUCCCAAACCAAA